UAGUAAACAAGAAAUUUAAUGCAAAAAAAAUGAAGAAAUAUUGUCGAAUUUGUUUCAAAAAUUCCGAGUAUCUGCAAGAUUUGAAUCCCUUUUUGCCCAUUUUACGUAUUUUGGUGAACACAAAGUUACCGCGGGAAGAGUCCAGCAAAAUCUGCAAAUCUUGUGCCAACGGAUUAAUUUUAUCGAAUCUUUUCCGUGCAAAAGUAAUCGAAAGUAAUGCAAAAUACCGAGAAUUCAUCAAUGAAAAGUCGGUUGCACUGGAAGUGGCCAAAAGAAAUAAUGAUGGAGACGAUGAGCGAAUGUCCGACGUUGACAAUGAAAUGCAUGUUGAAUUCUUGGAUGAUUCUCUAUUCGACUCUGGUGAUGAGGCAAAAUCGGAAACUUCUCAAAAUAAAAAAACGCAUAAAGUAAAAGGAAAUGUAAAACAAGAGUUGAUAGAAGAUGCUCGAAAUGAUGAUAUACUUUGUUUUAUGUGCUCCCAGAAAGCAAAAAUGACAAACAAUAUUUCUCCAUUUAAGACAACUUUGAAGAAAAUUAUUUCUAUUGAGAAUAAUGUGAUGAAGAGUACAGAAAAGCUUUGUGAUACAUGUUUAGUUGACUUGAAAGCUUUAAAAACGUUUUUUACAAAGCGCGAAGCCUUAAAGCCACAGAAAUUCAACAAAAAUUGCUGUCAAUUCUGUUCAAUCAAAGAUGCACGUCUUCUAAGUACAUCCAAAAGCUCACUUGCACUUUUCAAAUCAUUGCCACAAACUCAAAAUUACGAUCCGAGGAAUCGGCAAAUUGGAAAGACAUGUGAAAAUUGCAUUCAAGUACUAAACCAAAUAAAAUGUUUGAGAGAUAAUUAUUCCACAAAAAGAAAUCCAGUGUCGAAAAAAUUAAAAAGUUCGUUUAGUGAUCAAAAACAAAAAUUAAUCGAAAUGAUUAAAAAUGAGGUAAUAACAGAAUAUAAGCCAAAACCAAAACUUAAUGUAACGCAACGAACAGACAAGAAGCAAAAAGUAGAAUUGAACAUAACACCAAUUGAUGUGAGUUCGUGCGAAGAUCCUAAAAAAGAACUUAUAUCUCGAAUUCUAGCAGACAUGUCAGGAUCUUUGAGUACUGAAAGUAAUGACAAAAUGCCACAAAGACACGUGGAUUCUCUUAAAAAAACUCCGAAAAUAAAGAUUCGUGCGAAAUCUCGUUAUAAAAUUCCUGAUCCGGAUAAACCAAUUCCCGACGACUAUCAGUGUCACAUGAGUGACUUUGAAGAGCUAGACUCAGACUCAGAAAUGCCUCCAAUUCAUUUCCGUGCACCGUUAAAUGCUCCGUUUACACCAAUUUUCUUUAAAUGUACCGAAUGCACUGCAAAAUUCGUAAAUUCCUAUGAAUUAGAAGCUCAUAUUGAUUGUAGUCACAGAACGACAACCAACGUGUGUGACAUUUGCCAAAAGGAGUUUAGGGAUAUUCCCUUUACCAAGGCACACAAAUUAAGAGUGCACUAUGUUCACUUUUCAACAUUCGACUACAAAAGUCAGUGUGAAAUUUGUGGCAUUUUAACGAAAAGGAUUGAUGACCAUUUGGUGCAACAUUUGGGGACACGGCCAUACCACUGUGAACAUUGCAAUUAUGCGGGAAAAACCAAAUUCGGAUUGCAAAGUCACAUUAGUGCGAUUCAUUUGGGUGAAAAAAAGCACAAAUGUAAAUAUUGUGGUAAAGGAUUCAACUAUUCGGCUGACAGGGGAAGGCAUGAAAUUGCCGUGCAUACAAAGCAAUUUAAAUAUGUAUGCAAAUUUUGUGGAAAAUGUUGUUUAAAAAAGAAUUUCUUAACAGCGCAUGUAAAAUCACAUCACCCGGAUGAAGAUUGUGAACUAUGAUUAUCUAAAAAUAUAUAUUAAAAAACCUGUAUUUCUCUGAAAAUAACUUGGGUACAAAUUAAAAAGUUUACUAUUAAAUUUAAAUAGCAUUAUUGUUGGAAAAAUCUUGUUCUAACUCGUUCGUUCUCCAUUUACAUUCCUUAUUUUCUUUCCAUUCUGACUUUGUGUCUCCCUCAUAUAUUUCUUUCUUCCAAAUCGGAACCUUUUUCUUCAACUCAUCUAUACCAAAAGCAACUGCCUCGAGACUAGUAGCUCUGUGUGGUGAGCUGACACCGAUUAUGACACUAGACUCUUUUGUUGGUACCAAUCCCAGUCGAUGAAAAAUUGCAAUGUGCUUGAUGUCCGUCCAUUUUUGCCUCAUCUCGAGACAAAUUUGAUCCAUUACUUUUGAUGCCAUUCCUUCAUAUGCUUCAUAUUCCAAAGAAAU